ACUAGAGUAACUAGAACAUUUUCCCAAUAUGACAGCUUGGAGGCAAGCAGGAUUGAACUACAUCAACUACUCUAACAUUGCAGCCAAACUGUUGAGACAGGCACUCAAACCUGAUCUUCGAGCAGAUGCCAUAAAACGUGCUGACACCCACAUCAAAAUCACCAAAUGGGAAAAUGGGAAACCAAUCAAAGAGUCUACAUACUGAAAACCACCAACUACUUUAAGCUUCAAAUAAUGUGUUACUAGUGAAUAAUGUGAAACAUUCUUAAUAAAAUGUGUAGUUCAUAU